AGUGCGUUGCGCAAAAAUAAACGACCAUAUAAUUUAGAGAAUAAAUAAUGUCCAUUCAUUAAUACAGUAUUUCCACCUGUAAUUUGCUACUACUAUCAUUCACUGUCACUAAUCGGAGAAGGUUUCGAUACACCGGUUUGCGCGUCGCGUGAUUCUGACGUGCCAUCCCCACUGUAGAUUGACUACCCAGAGCAGACAGGUAUCGGCAAACUGCUAGUGUGGUUGGCUGGGACAGCAACUAGUCGGGUCAUUUCAUCCCAGUGGAUUACAGCGGCAAAAUGAGCUCGAGUAAACCGAAAAACAAAAGCGAGAAUAAAACGGAGAAGCAAUUGGCUGCGGAGAAAGAACAGUUUGGAAAACUACAGCUCCACAGCAUCAGUAAAAGCAUCACCUCCAGUGAGACACCGCUGAAGGAGAAAUAUGCACGCAACAUCAUCAUGGGGACCCAUAAGGAGGGCGGAGCCACGACGUUCUGGUCGUUCAUCAUCAACCUGCCGCUCUCCUCCAACGCCAUCAUCAGCUGGAAGUUCUGCUACAUGCUGCACAAAGUCCUCCGGGACGGACACCAUAACGCUGUGAGAGACUCUCAUAGAUACAGCAGGAACGUCAAAGACAUGGGCGUACUCUGGGGGAACUUGCAUGAUAGGUACGGCCAUAUUGUGGCCCUUUCGGCCAAGUUCCUGUCCCUCAAAAUGGAGUUCCAUGUGAAGCACAAGGUUAUUCCAGGUAACCUGGAGGCCACAGAUGAGACGGUGGAGAGAGAGGCAGGAACUGACGUCAACAAAAUAUUUGAUAUGACUCAUGAGCUGUUAGAUUACCUGGACGCUGCUCUGAAAAUGUCAGAGACAGUUUGGCGGCAGCUGGAUGCCAACGCGGGCAAGUCCACCACUCCGGCCGGACAGUGUCGUCUGGGACCUCUAAUUCCUGUUAUACUGGACUGCAGCUGGCUCUACCACUUCUCUGUCAAACUGCUGUUCAAACUGCACAGCUGUGUUUCAGCUGACUCUCUUCUCGGACACCGGGAGAGAUUCCGUGAUCUGUUCAACAGCCUCACUAAGUUAUUUGAUCGAGCCAGAGAGACGGAGUUCUUCAAAAAAGUUAUUCAGAUCCCUGACCUGCCAGAUUCUCCUCCGAACUUCCUGCGUGCCUCUGCACUGGCGGAGUACGUCCGGCCGGUGGUGGUGAUGCCCAAUGAGGAGCCUUAUGAAGAAGUCGAGGCGGCUCCAGACUACAGCCAAGCGCCCCAGAUGCCACAGCAACCGUACAACAUGWUAAGUCAGCUGGGAGCUCCUGAUGCUGGAUUUGAUCAAAGAAGAUCUCCGUCUCCAGCUCUGACGGAGGCAGAGACUCUGAGGAAGGAGCUGGAGGUCAUCAAACCAGAGCUGCAGCUUUUYAAAACAGAGGCUCAGAGGUGUGUGACCCAGCUGAAGUCUCAGGUGAACAGGCUGGAAGCAGAGCUUGAGGACCAGAGGACCCAUAAGCAGAUGGCUUUGGUGGACAAUGAACACCUGCGCAUGGAGGUAGGGACCUUACGACAGGCCACCGCCGCCCUACCAGGGGUACAGGCUGGAUACCAGGAAGCUGAUGGUCGAGCCCAGGCAGCUGAGCUGCGUUUUUCUCAGCUCAAAGAGCGACACGCUGAACUGGUCACCAGCCACGCUGAUCUACUGAAGAAGAAUGCAGAGACAGUCAGGUUCUUGUCCAGCACCCAGCAGAACCAGGAGGAAUUGGCCAGGGCCAAACAGCAGCUGGCCAGCGAGGUGGACCUCCUUCGACAGGAGAAUAGACUCAAGCUGGAGCAGCAGAAGCAGGAGAUAGAUCGGCUAAACAGAGAGCUGUUGGACCAGAGAGCAGCGUUAGGUGAAGUCCACAGUGUCCUGGACAACAAAGAGAUGGCUGGUUCCCAAAUGACUGGUGCUCUGCAGGGUCUCCAGCGAGAGAGGGAGGAACUGCUGCGCUGUUUGAGGGAGAAAGAGGGUGAAGUGUCCUCCCUACAGCAGCAGGCUCAGCUCCAUCACAGCUCCAUGGAGCAGGACAGGGACAGAUCAGCCAGAGAGAUAGCCAGCCUGAGGCAACAGCUACAGCAACAGCUGGCUAUAAACGCAGAGCAGAGAGUGGAGAUUGACAGACUGAAGCGAGAGCUGGAGCAGAGUCGAGCGGAGGUGUCACGCGCUAACAAUGCCCUGCAGAACAAGGAGAUGACUGGUUCUCAGAUGAACAGUGCCCUGAUGGGUCUCCAGACCGAGAGAGAGGGGCUGCUGCGCUCUGUGAGGGAGAAAGAUGCUGAGCUGUCCUCUUUAAGGCAGCAGGCACAGCUCCAACGCAGCUCUCUGGAGCAGGACAACGACAGGACAUCCAGAGAGAUGGCCAGUCUGAGGCAACAGCUACAGCAACAGGCAUCUCGUGAGGGUGAGCUGACCAGGAAGCUGCAGGAGGAACAGUUCUGUCUGCUCCAGUGUGCCGUGGUGGAGGCUGAAGGCAUCAUACUGGACGCUGUGUCCAAACUGGACGACCCCAUACACGUACGCUGCAUCUGCUCUCCAGAUUACCUGGUGAACCGAGCUGAGAUCACCCUGGGUUCUUUGGACAAGAUGCAGCAGAGUCACGUGGUCUACCUGGGAAAUAUGGACGAUGCCAGUGGUCUUCUGAGGGCUGUGACACAGUUCUCCCAUCUGGCUUCUGACACCAUCGUCAACGGAGGAGCUACAGCACACAGUGCUCCUACUGACCAGGCCGACCGUCUGACUGACAGUUGUAGAGAAGCUUCCACCCACUGUCUGCAGUUCCUACACGAGCUCAAGUCCAGAGCCACAUUACAGAGAGCCGACCCUACUACGAUACGCUAUGUAAUGCGACGUAUACUCACUAUGGGACAGGAUCUGCGUCUUCAAGGGCAGGAUGUUCUAAAAGAGGAGCUGGGGGAAAUGGUGGAUAAAGAGAUGACUGCUACCUCUACUGCAAUAGAGGAGGCUGUACUCCGCAUGGACGAGAUCCUGAACCAGGCCAGGAGAGACACGUCUGGGGUCAAACUGGAGGUCAACCAGAGCAUCCUUGGCUCCUGUUCAGACCUAAUGAAGGCCAUCCACAUGCUGGUGACAGCUGCCACUGACCUGCAGAAAGAUAUUGUGGAAAGCGGCAGAGGGGCAGCAUCAGUGAAGGAGUUCUAUGCUAAGAACUCCUGUUGGACUGAAGGCCUCAUCUCUGCCUCCAAGUCAGUGGGCUGGGGCGCCACUCAGAUGCUAGACUCGGCUGACAAGGUGGUAACUAGCGGGGGUAAAUACGAGGAGCUCAUCGUCUGUUCUCAUGAGAUCGCUGCUAGUACCGCCCAGCUGGUCGCUGCCUCCAAAGUGAAGGCGGACCGCAACAGCAAGAAGCUGUCGGCGCUGCAGCAGGCCUCGAGACACGUCAACGACAUGGCUGCCAUAGUGGUGACCUCCACCAAUCACGGACAGAGGCAGAUCACUGAGAGAGAACCCAUGGACUUCUCAGGCAUCUCCCUGAUCAAAGUGAAGACUCAAGAGAUUGAGUCUCAGGUGAAGUUGUUGGAGCUGGAGAAUCAGCUGGAACAGGAGAGAGUUCGUCUGGGAGAGCUGAGGAAGAAACACUACCAGCUGUCUGGGACUGGUACACCCCACGGGGGGGAGGUGGAGGGGGGAGACAGGGACGACGGGGGAGACAGCUUCCCACCCCCUCCCCCUCCAACCCUCUUACCACCCUCCACCCUGCUGCCCCAGCCCUACCUAAACACACAGCCCUUCUCACAGACACAACCCGACUCACAACUGUCAGCUCAGUCCUACUCACCACCCAAGUCCUACUCACACACUCAACCCUAUUCACAAACAAAGCCUUACUCUGAACCUGAAUCCUACUCACAGCCUGCAACGCAAUCCUACUCACCACCCCAAUCCUACUCAUCAUCUCAAACCCAGUCUUACUUACCACCUCAAUCUUACUCAUCAUCCCAAACCCAGUCUUACUUACCACCUCAAUCGUAUUCUCAAACCCAAUCCUACUCACAUCCCCAAACAUACUCUCAAAGCCAGCCGUAUGUAAACACCAAUCCCUUCUCCCAACCCCCGCCUCUGUCCGCGCCUCUCUCCCAGCCUCUGUCCCAGCCACUGUCCCAGCCACUGUCUCAGCCACUGUCCCAGCCUCUGUCCCAGCCACUGUCCCAGCCCGAGUCCCUUCCCCUUCCAAAUAACUUAGUAGAACUCGCCAAGCCAACCCACACUUCAAAGAAACCUUCCAUCUUCCAGAAAACAGGAACCUUGUUUAGUAAGYUCCGAAGAGGUGAGGCUGGAACAGAGGAAUCCAGAAUCCGGAAUGUUAAAAUCSUAAAUCCAGAAUGAGAAGAUUCUACCUGUCUGCGUACCUUGUCAUGUGAACUACUGUAUAUGCAGUUUACUCAGUUUACUCAGGUGCAGUGAUUGAAGAACAACCCUUUUCAAGAUAGCAACUUUAUUGUAAUAUUUAAUAUUUCUUAAUGUCUUGAUACACUAUUUGAUUACAAAAAAACAUCUGGGUAAAUAACGGUUAAUAAUAUGAUUAUUAWUACUAACAUUAUUACUUCUUUUAAGAGUGUGUAUUAUCUUUCUAUUUGAAAAAGCAGUCAUCUCUUACUGACCACUGCAGUGCUUGUAGGAAGAAUUGUGUCUAAACCAACAUCCCAAUGCUUUGUCCAAAUGCCUUAAAAAUACUUGAAUAUGCAACAUGGUAAACAACCAAUCAACGUACAGCCGCCUAUUCGUCUUUACAUAGUAUCUCGUAURUGAGUAUACUUACUUUACAUCGUUUUUGAUAUUUGUAACAUGUAUUGAGAUAAACAGACGUUUUAAAU